CUGCAGCGGCUGCUACUCCUGUUCCAUCUGCUGUCCCAACCAGGAGCCCCCCCAUGGAGGUGCAGCCCCCUGUCUCCCCUCAGCAGUCUGAGUGCAACCCCGUUGGUGCUUUGCAGGAGCUGGUGGUGCAGAAAGGCUGGCGGUUGCCUGAGUACACAGUGACCCAGGAGUCUGGGCCAGCCCACCGCAAAGAGUUUACCAUGACCUGCCGGGUGGAGCGUUUCAUUGAGAUUGGCAGUGGCACUUCUAAAAAGCUGGCAAAGCGUAAUGCAGCGGCCAAAAUGCUGCUUCGAGUGCACACGGUGCCUCUGGAUGCCCGGGAGGGGAAUGAGGCAGAGCCUGAUGACGAUCACUUUUCCAUUGGUGUGGGCUCCCGUCUAGAUGGACUUCGGAACCGGGGCCCAGGCUGCACCUGGGAUUCUCUGCGAAAUUCGGUGGGAGAGAAGAUCCUGUCCCUCCGCAGCUGCUCCGCGGGCUCCUUGGGCGCUCUGGGCCCUGCUUGCUGCAGUGUCCUCAGUGAGCUCUCUGAGGAGCAGGCCUUCCAUGUCAGCUACCUGGAUAUUGAGGAGUUGAGCCUCAGUGGGCUCUGCCAGUGCCUGGUGGAGCUGUCCACACAGCCGGCCACCGUGUGUCACGGCUCUGCAACUACCAGGGAGGCAGCCCGAGGCGAGGCUGCGCGCCGUGCCCUGCAGUACCUCAAGAUCAUGGCGGGCAGCAAAUAAAGCCCCGGCUGGACUUGUGGACAUUCGUCCUUUGCUCCCUGCUCUUCCUGCCCCCGGCCCAUGCAUCUGCCCAGCUCUGGUACCCCCUGGAGGUGCCACCUCUACCUCUGACACAGACUGCCUGCCUGCAGGCUGAGGAGGGCACAGGGCCAGGAACCAGGGGCCUCAGCUGGCCCAGGUUCUGUCCUCACGUAACUGGUGAUGAUGAAGGGGAAUGAAAUCGGGGGCUCUGCAGUAAGAGCCUCAAAUAAACGUGCUGCUUUUUGGAUUCUUAAA